AUGUCAAAUUAAGUAUCUAUAUCAGUUAAAGAAUUAAGAGUCAUAAAAACACCAAUUGCCACUGAUUUUAGUAGUUUUAGAGAUUUAUAAAGACUUCCAAUAACUAAAUCUAAUUUUAAAAGAACUUAUCUAAAAGGUGCUUCUCAUAGGGUAAAAUCAUUAAAAGAAGAAAAUUAAUUUGCAGAAGCUCACAAAAGAUAAGGAAAUGAAAAAUUAUUCAAAUUCAAUAGAUAAGAUCAAUUAUUGAAUAUUAGAAAUAUGCAUUUACAUAAAUUAGCUCCAUUAAGUACAGAACCUUAUGUUGAUGAAAAUAAUAAAAUUUAAAACAAAUAAAAAUAAAGGAAUAUAGAAUCAAAUAAUCUUAAUUUAUAGUUGAUAACUAAUUCAAUUAAUUAAACUUUGGAAUUAGUUUAUAAUCCUUAACCAAUCAUAAAAAAAUAUUAAAGAUAUCCUUUAUAGAAUGUGACUUAAAAGACUGAAUUUCAAAAUUCAUAAUUAGUUACCUAAGUAACUCAUUCAGGUCUUAAUUCACCUAAAGAAUCAUAAAAGAAAAAGGUAGAAUUAUCAAUUUUGAAACCUGCAUAAAAGAAAUGUCUCAAAGAUAUCUUUUUAGAUUCAAUUCAAACAACAAGUUAUGGUUCCAUUCGAAUGGAUACCAUAGAAACAAAAUACAUAUCUCCUAAAUCAAGUUUACCUACAUCUUUGGAUAACACAAAAAAAAUAUUGAAGUAAUAUUUAUGA